CGAAAACUGUCAUCGCACAUGUGGAAUAUUCUACUUUAUUUUGAAAACAAAUAGAAAGUGAAUAAUUUUGUAUUUAAGACGAAAAACAAAAUAUUUGUUUUUUAAAAAUAGACAUGGUUCAAAAAAGAAAAUUAGGUGUCGGGUUAAGUAGAGAAGAAAGAACUUUAAUCGUCAUUGGUGAAAUAAUACAAGAGUUGUUAGAAGCUCAUGAAUCAAAAAAGAAUGUGGAUUUGAAUCGUAUGAAAGCUAGAAUAUCAUCAAAAUAUGGUUUAGAAAGCUCACCUCGUUUAGUUGAUAUAAUAGCAGCAGUACCCCAUGAAGCUAAAAAAAUUUUACUACCUAAACUGAAAGCCAAACCUGUUCGUACAGCAAGCGGUAUUGCUGUUGUGGCAGUAAUGUGUAAACCUCAUCGAUGUCCACAUAUUAACAUGACUGGCAAUAUCUGUGUAUAUUGUCCUGGUGGUCCAGAUAGUGAUUUCGAAUAUUCUACACAAAGUUACACUGGUUAUGAACCAACAUCAAUGAGAGCUAUUCGAGCGCGUUAUAAUCCAUAUUUACAAACAAGACAUCGCGUAGAACAGUUAAAGCAACUUGGUCAUUCAGUUGACAAAGUUGAAUUUAUAGUUAUGGGUGGAACAUUUAUGUGCUUACCAGAAGAAUAUCGUGAUUAUUUUAUAAGAAACUUACAUGAUGCUCUAUCUGGUCAUACAAGUGCUAACGUUGCUGAAGCAGUUAAAUAUUCUGAAAGAUCUGUGACAAAGUGUAUAGGCAUUACAAUAGAAACGAGACCUGAUUAUUGCCUUAAACGACAUUUGUCAGAUAUGCUUUCAUAUGGAUGUACUCGUUUAGAAAUUGGUGUUCAAAGCGUUUAUGAAGACGUAGCACGAGAUACGAAUAGAGGUCAUACAGUACGUGCUGUUUCAGAAAGUUUUCAGUUGUCGAAAGAUGCGGGAUAUAAAGUGGUCUCACAUAUGAUGCCAGAUUUACCAAACGUUGAUUUUGAAAGAGAUAUUGAACAAUUUAUUGAAUUUUUCGAAAAUCCAGCAUUUCGUGCUGAUGGAUUAAAAAUUUAUCCAACUUUGGUAAUACGUGGGACUGGCCUGUAUGAACUUUGGAAAACUGGGCGUUAUAAAAGUUACCCACCUUCAACACUAGUCGAUUUAGUGGCAAAAAUUUUAGCCUUAGUUCCACCGUGGACUAGAGUUUAUCGCGUACAGCGUGAUAUACCAAUGCCUUUAGUUAGUUCUGGCGUUGAACAUGGAAAUUUGAGAGAGUUGGCUUUAGCUAGAAUGAAAGAUUUAGGAACUGAUUGUCGUGAUGUUCGAACACGAGAAGUGGGAAUUCAAGAAAUUCACAAUAAAGUGCGACCAUAUGAGGUGGAAUUAAUUCGCAGGGAUUACGUCGCAAAUGGAGGUUGGGAAACAUUUUUAUCCUAUGAAGAUCCCAAUCAAGAUAUUUUAAUUGGAUUGUUACGUUUGAGAAAAUGUUCCCCUGAUACUUUUAGACCAGAACUGAAAGAUAAUUGUUCCAUAGUGCGGGAGCUGCAUGUAUACGGUUCGGUCGUUCCUGUAAAUGCAAGGGAUCCAACUAAAUUUCAGCAUCAGGGAUUUGGUAUGUUAUUAAUGGAAGAGGCAGAACGAAUAGCAAGGGAGGAACACGGAAGCAUCAAAUUAGCUGUAAUAUCCGGAGUAGGAACACGAAAUUACUAUAGGAAAAUGGGAUAUGAAUUAGAUGGACCGUAUAUGUCUAAAAUGAUUUUAUAAAUUAUGUUGUGAAAAUUAUAAAAUAAAUUUGUAAUAAUUAUUAAUACUUUAGUAUUUUUAUUUAAGAAUUAAUAAAAGUAUUGGAAAUACGCAUUGGUAUUUUUAAAUCCGAAAUCAAA